AUGAAACCUGAGAUGUUUAGUUCUGAUUACUAUGGUACUUCUGGUUAUUUUGGACCUGGUUAUUAUAGUCCUAGUUACCACAGUCUUCCCGGUUAUUUUGGACCUGGUAGUUAUUACUCUGGUUCUGGUUGGCCUGAUUCUAGUUGUCCUAGUUGGCCUGCUCUAGUUACUACGGUCCUCCCGGUUAUUUUAAGUCCUCCCAAUUAUUUUGGACCUGGUUAUUACGGUCCUAGUUACUACGGUCCUCCUGGUUAUUUUGGUCCUGAUUAUUACAGUUCUUCAGGUUAUUUUGGACCUGGUUAUUACAGUCCUCCUGGUAAUUUUGGACCUGGUUAUUUUGGUCCUCCUGAUUACCGAUAUUACGGUCCUCCUG